AUGGCGUCGUUACUGCCAUUCCAGCAGAUUCGUAGCAACACGGUGAACUUCUUUAUGAGAAGAACAUCUGGUGAGCUAUGGAAAACGAUAACUAGUGUUUCGAAGGCUGGACAGAAAAAGGGACGUAUGAGUACGAGGCAGCCGACUCGUAACUUGAAUCGGUUUUAUCGGAUUGGAUCUAGUCCAAUGAAAGUGCAGUUUCCCGGACUGAACGCUCCGCUUAACCCUACUGAUCCAGACGUAAAAAUUGUUGAACAGACAGAAGACGAGAUCAAAGAGGCUCAACUGAGUGUGCGAAAGACAUUAGAGGAACAGAAAGAGUGA